AAUGGGCCUAUUAGAAGCCCAAAAAACUGUUUCGUCUAGGGUUUCUCACAUAAAAGCAAACCUAAUUGUUUCAAAAGCCUCAAAGGAGAAAGAACUUCAGCUUUGCUUGCUUUCUCGCAUACACAGGUAAACCAUGAAGCAUAACAAUGUUAUCCCCAACGGCCACUUUAAGAAGCAUUGGCAAAACUAUGUAAGGACAUGGUUUAACCAACCUGCUCGCAAAACAAGGAGACGCGCUGCUAGGCAGAAGAAAGCUGCAACAAUCUUCCCUAGGCCAACAGUAGGAUCACUCCGACCUAUUGUUCAUGGACAAACACUAAAAUACAACAUGAAAGUCAGAGCUGGCAGGGGAUUCUCUCUAGAAGAGCUGAAAGCAGCUGGUAUCCCCAAAAAACUUGCUCCAACUAUCGGCAUUGCUGUGGAUCACAGGCGCAGGAACAGAUCCCUAGAAGGUCUCCAGACCAAUGUCCAGAGGCUCAAGACAUACAAAGCUAAGCUAGUUAUCUUCCCAAGGCAUGCUAAGAAAGUCAAGGCUGGUGAUUCUAGUGCUGAGGAACUUGCUAAUGCCACUCAAGUCCAGGGUUCUUACUUGCCUAUUGUUAGAGAGCAGCCAGCUAUCGAGCUUGUGAAGGUCACAGAUGAAAUGAAAGCAUUCAAAGCUUAUGGCAAGCUGCGUAUUGAGCGUACCAAUGCUCGUCAUGUUGGUGUGAGGUUGAAGAGAGCAGCUGAAGCUGAGAAGGAAGAGAAGAAAUAAGACAUUUGAAAUGUCUUAUGGCCUUGCGCACUAGCAUUGCUAAUUUUUUUUGCACGAGUCUGAAUGAUGAAUUAAUUUUACUAUUAUUUGAAGAAUUUUACUUUUUUUCGUACUUGUUGAUGGAGUCUGUUAUGAAGAGUCGAGACUAUUAACUCCCAUAGUAGUAUAUCCUUAAAGCGUAAGGUUUUGGUUA